AUGGCAGCUCGCGAGGAUGUGGGCCUGGAGAGGAACGAGUGGGACGUGGACAUCUGCGCCGACUGCGUUGGCUGGGUCAGGACCCACACGCCAACCAUGUCGGUCAGCGAGUUGGCGGGUGAGCUCGCGAACGACAAGGAGCUGGGCAAGGACAUUGCGGACAUCAAUGACAAGAAAGACAACUUCGCUGGCAGGGGUCUCACGGUGACGGACGACAUGAGCGUCCAAGUGGAGGUGUACGACGACUACGAGCUGCUUCGGUACCGGGACUUUGUCGAUCUCUGCGGCAAGACGCCGAAGCAGGCUGGCGCCCUGCCCGCCCACGUCCCGACCGCGGACAACUUCUCGCAGAGCACGACCUUCUACCCGAACCCCUUGAACGCCAAGAAGCGCAUGGGGGUGAUCAGCAAGUUCGGCGUCAAAGUAUCUGAGAUGAAAAUGAAACCCAGCAUGCAUUGCUUCACCAAGCAGCCUAGCCUCCUCAUGAAGUACGCCGCGAGGAGUUUCCUCAAGAAGCACGCCGUCACCCUACUUGGUCGUCGGAAGCGCCUGGGGGGCAGCAGCGCCCAGGUGGCCGCCGAGCACGCCGCCGCGGACGCCGGGCUAGCCAGGUCGGGUUCGCUCGUGGCUGCUGAGGCGGGCAGCGCCGAGAAGGGUGCUUCCAAGGACGAUGGCGAUUCAUUAAUGCAGGAGUCGGACCGCGACGUCGAUCAACCCGAUGGCGACGAUGACCCCGAGCGCACAGGCGGGGCGCAUUCAAUGGUCACGCCUGUGAAGGGCGCCACUCCCGUGACGGGCGCUCGCUCGUCCCCUAGCGCCGUCGUUUCUGAAGGAUGCCAGGUCCAGGCCGAGGGCCCGACGCCGUGGAACAAGUACUUCGUGGGCGAGUGUCCUGCAGAGGGGACUGCCGAAUUUUGGAUCUGGAAGACCCCAUUGAAAGGGGUCCUCGUUGGUCUCAAGGAGAAGCACCCUGUCAGCCAGAUGAACAUCCUCUUGCCGAAGCUCGACGCGCACUCGGCGAGGAAGCUGCGCCUCCACAAGGCUGCCAUACAGCAGUGCCAGGAGAUCGUGGACGGCUCGGCCCAGUCAAUGCCUUACAACGAGUUCGCAGACAAAGUGAAGACCUUGGUGCCCUCGGUCGGGGAGUGGCCGCAAGAACAUCACCGCGUGCUACUGGAGUGCACCCUGAGCCACCACAUGGCGGAGUUCGCGAGGACGGGCAAUGAGGUCCACGCCGAGAACGCCUUGGAAGUCGUAAAAUUGUUCACGGUCGGCGAGGGGAAGGAUGAGAGUUUCAACCCCCUGAAGCCCAUGCUGGUCCAGAGCUCCCUGUCGGAUUCCGAGCGGGCGGACUUCUUCGUCAAUGAGGUGUUCGGCAGGAAGGUCGCUGAGUGGAUCGAGGAUGAGUUAAACGGGGACUCCCUUAUCUCGACGUUUGCUCAGGUGGCCAUCAAGGCGAUGAAGAUCCCAGAGGACGGCAACGUCGGCGAGAAGGCAUGCUACGCGCUGCGGGCGGCAACUCGUACGCUGCAGGUGCUCUUGCAUAUAAUUCACCCCUCGUUGGUGGACGGUGUGUCCCUCAAGGUGUACGACGACGCGGGCGCGAUCUUGGAGGCGUCCGCGAAGACUGACGCGGCCUCGUCGGCGUGGCAGACCGUCGGGCUUGCGUGCGUCACCAGCCCGAGGUGGAAUACUGGGCUCACGGAACUUGCUGGACAGAAGGACGCAAUGAAAGAGGUUGGGCCGAUAAUUCAAGCAACCAUCGACAGCCUCUCCAGUAUCGUGGAGCCCACGGCUGCUAGCGCCAAGAAGAUCGGUGACAUCGUCGAGGACAUCCCGCAUUGCCAUGCCCAAGGCGUGAAAGACCUCGCCGAGAAGUUGGAGUUCAAAGUCAACGAGAAGGCGUGCGAGCUCAUUUCCGCGGCCGCCAAGGCCGCUGCUGGCCUCGGCGAUUCAGGCAACAGCUCCGACCCGAGCAGCCUCGGCAUUGAGGACUUGAACGCUUUCGUUGCUCUCGCGAGGAAGGUCACCCAGAACUGCGUGGAAACGGAGGCCUUCAUUAUCGCGAACAACGCCCUGAAGCUGACCAAGGAGAGCCUCGAGACGUCGCUCCGUGCGAAGAGCUUGAACGAGGCUCUGCAACAGUUCAACUUCGAAGAUGCCCAGUCAGUGGCAAACGUGCUGGGUGCGUUCGGCGGCGUCGUCGCAGCGGCGCUCCAGGAUGAGAUUCGCGUGAGGGUCAAGGAGAUUGUCGAUUCGGUGAUCGACUCACCUCGCGCCGCUGAUGCCACGAACACGGUCAACCUCACUCCGGUGGUUUCGCUCGUCUCCGCGAUGGUGCCAUUUGUCCCAGUCGAGCACAGGAUGACCUACCAGAACAUCAACUCCGCGCUGAAGCUGUGCAAGGGCGUCAGUGCAGGUCUCGCUGCGUUGGAGGGCGUCGAGACGACCGUGACCUGCUACGCUGACAAGGAUGUGCAGAGGCUCCUGAACGAACUCCAGCGGGAGCACCUGCGCCUGAAGAGUGGCACGACCAAGCUCGACAAGGCCCCGAAGGUCCUUGAGGCGUGCGAGCUCAUGUCGCAGAAGGCUGCCGAGAAGAGUGCCAAGGUCGCGAGCGACAUCAAGGCCACGACCGCAGACCAGAUCCAGAGCAUCAUGAAGAAGGUCGCCUUCGCCAUGGAGAAUGACUCCUUCAUCAAGAUGACGAGCGUGAUGAUGGAUGUCGAGUCCGUGGCCGACGUCAAGAAGCAGACGCCCAAGGAGUUCUUCGAGGUCGACGCCGACUCCAUCGUGACGGCCGCCGUCAUGAUGAAGAAGCGCGUGGACGAGUACGGAUCGUUUCUUCAGAGCUCCAAGCUCGGCGCCAACGAGUUCGCAGGCGAUGCGAAGAUCCUCUGUGACAGGGUGUUCACCAUGAUUGCCGUUCAGAAGAUUCUGCGGCCGCUCAUGGACCCGUCUGUGGCCAAGGAUGAGGUCAAGUUGAUGUUUGAGAUGAAGUCGGUGCAGUCGUUCCUUCGUGAGCACAAAGUGAACGUUAAAGAGAUGCACGCGGGCCUGGCUGCUGCGUGCGUGCAGGCACUGACUGCCUCGUGA